AUGGACUUGCCCGAUGAGUUCAAGUUUAAAGAGGAACCCACACUAUACCCUAACAGAUGUCACGGAAGGGACGUCAGAGUAGUCCACAAGGACUAUCGCCAAUGUGACACGAUACAAUCCAAUCGUGCAGUUCACUCGCUCGAUGAAAGCUAUGAGCACAACCUGAACAAGAGGAUUGACACCACAGCGCCUACUCCGGCUGUUAUUUGCUUUGGCGAUUUGGGUGAAGACGGAAAUGCGGACCGGGAUUCCUUCGGCACCCUCGCCGGCGGGAAGAAGAAGGAAGCCGCCAAAAUUACCGUCGGUUUUAUACCCGCGACACAGUGGCCUGGUAUCCGCAUCGGGCUGAACCCUACUGGCUCCACCACAAGUAGCAGCGAAGUCGCUUGCUACAUCUUUUCCGGCGCUUUCCCGAAGACGUUCACCAAAGGCGGCAUGGAUAGAAUCAAGAUAGCUGUUGGCUCUCAAGCGGAUCGGACCAUCAAGGACCGAUACGCGCCGAAGUAA